AUGAACACAAGAGAAGAGAGAAAGAGAGACACAGAGAGCAGGAGAGAGAAAGAGAGAGAAAGGGAGGGACAGAGUACAGGAGAGAGCAAGGGGAAGAUUGAGAGUGAGUGAGAAAGAGAAAAGGAGGGACACAGAGCAGGAGAGCGAUAGAGCGAGCCGGAGAGGGGAGGUUUCUCUGUGUGAACAGAACAGAGAGGUGGAUGGUGAACAGAACAGCGUUAGCCUUUUUCAUCACAGUAGGAUGCCAGAUCAGAGAGAGAGAAUUAAUCAGACAGAGAAGAGGGAAGGUCUGGGGAAGGAAACUAUACAAUCUGGCAACCCUGCAGAGCAGAGUGGAGCGUUGUGAUUAUACGACUGGCAACCCAACCCUGUAUCACGGAUGGAGCAGAAAGGACUAAACAGAAAGGUUUCUAGAGGGGCUGGCUGCGAGAAACAAAAAGGAGUCUGAUCUGCGGCCAUUAGCACAGCUACAGCUUCCUUGUCUGAGCUGAACUGAGCUGCUACUGCCUGCUGUCUGUUGGCUGUCUGUCUGCCUACCUCACUGACUGGCCGUCUGACCGUCUGUCUGUCUGUCUGUUGGCUGUCUGUCUGUCUGUCUGUCUGCCUACCUCACUGACUGGCCGUCUGACCGUCUGUCUGUCUGUCUGUCUGUCUGUCUGUCUGUCUGUCUGUCUGUCUGUCUGUUGGCUCUCUGUCUGUCUGUCUGUCUGUCUGUCUGUCUGUUGGCUGUCUGUCUGUCCGUCUGUGUGCUCUCACAAUGUGUAACUGAGUAUCUCUCAUCCUAGUGUGUGUGUGUGUGUGUGUGUGUGUGUGUGUGUGUGUGUGUGUGUGUGUGUGUGUGUGUGUGUGUGUGUGUGUGUGUGUGACCGUGUGUGUUUCUUCUUCUCUUGCCAAUAUGAUGAGACAGACUCCUGCCCCCAGGAAGACUACGGCCAGAAGGCCCAAGCCCAGCCGUCCUGUGGGAACCGGAGCCUCCAAGGCGGGGCCCUCUGGGUCUGUGUCUGCCUCGGCUGGAGAGAUGAGCAGCAGCGAGCCUUCCACCCCGGCACAGACCCCCCUGGGGGCCCCCAUCAUCCCCUCACCCGGGGGGCUCCUCUCCCCUUCAGCCCCCCCACCUCCACUCCCCAGCAAGGAGGAGGAGUCUCUGCGAGGUCAGGUGAAGGAUCUGGAGGAAAAGUUAGAGACUCUGAGGAUGAAGAGGACAGAGGACAAGGUCAAGCUGAAGGAGCUGGAGAAACAUAAGAUCCAGCUGGAGCAGCUGCAGGAAUGGAAGACCAAGAUGCAGGAGCAGCAGAACGACCUGACCAAACAACUCAAAGAGGCCAAGAAGGAAGCGAAGGAGGCCCAGGAGGCGAAGGAGCACUACAUGGAGGAGAUGGCGGACACGGCUGACGCUAUAGAGAUGGCCACGCUGGACAAGGAGAUGGCUGAGGAGCGGGCAGAGUCCCUGCAGCAGGAGGUGGAGUCUCUGAAGGAGAAACUAGAAGAGCUCGUCAUGGACCUGGAGAUCCUCAAACACGAGAUAGAGGAGAAAGGUUCAGAUGGUGCUGCUUCCAGUUACCAUGUGAAACAGCUGGAGGAGCAGAACGGCAGGCUGAAGGAAGCUCUCGUCAGGAUGCGUGACCUGUCUGUGUCGGAGAAGCAGGAACAUGUGAAGCUCCAGAAGCAGACAGAGAGGAAGAGCACAGAGCUGGACACCCUGAGGACUCAGAGAGAGAAACUCCAGGAGGAGAUGAAACUGGCCGAGAGGACCAUCGACGAACUCAAAGAACAGGUGGAUGGGGCACUAGGAGCUGAGGAGAUGGUGGAGACUCUGACAGAGAGGAAUCUAGACCUGGAGGAGAAAGUCAGAGAGCUGAGAGAGACAGUCGUUGAUCUGGAAGCCAUCAACGAAAUGAAUGAUGAACUUCAGGAGAACGCCAGAGAGACGGAGCUGGAGCUCAGAGAGAUGCUGGAUCUGGGCGGAGGCAGGGUCAGGGAGGCGGAGAAACGGGUGGAAGCUGCUCAGGAGACCGUUGCUGACUAUCAACAGACCAUCAAGAAGUACCGUGAGCUGACCGCUCACCUGCAGGAGGUGAACAGGGAGCUGACCAGCCAGCAGGAAGCCACAGCUGAGCAGCAGCAGCAUCCUCCAGCUGAGAUGUUUGACUUUAAGAUCAAGUUUGCUGAGACUAAGGCCUAUGCCAAGGCCAUAGAGAUGGAGCUGAGGAAGAUGGAAGUGGGCCAGGCCAACAGACAGGUGUCUCUCCUCACAUCCUUCAUGCCCGACUCCUUCCUGCGUCAUGGAGGAGACCACGACUGUAUCCUGGUGCUUCUGCUCAUACCAAGACUAAUCUUCAAGGCGGAGCUGAUCAGUAAGCAGGCCCAGGAGAAGUUUGAUCUGAACGACAACUGUGUGGAGAGGAGCGGGAUGAGAGGAGUGGCUGGGGAACAGCUGAGCUUUGCUGCAGGACUCGUCUACUCUCUCAGUCUGCUACAGGCUACACUACAUAAAUACGAACAAGCGCUGAACCAAUGCAGCGUGGAGGUAUAUCAGAAGAUCGGGACGCUGUACCCGGAGAUGGGCGUUCACGAACGUUCCCUGGACUUCCUGAUUGACCUGCUGCACAAAGACCAGCUGGAUGAGACGGUGCAUGUGGCGCCGCUCACCAAGGCCAUCAAAUACUACCAGCACCUGUACAGUAUCCACCUGGCAGAGCAGACAGAAGACUGCACCAUGCAUCUGGCUGAUCACAUCAAGUUUACCCAGAGUGCAUUGGACUGUAUGUGUGUGGAGGUUGGUCGUCUGCGUGCGUUCCUACACACAGGGCAGGAGAAGACGGACCUGGCCGUGCUGCUGAAGGAUCUAGAGACUUCCUGUUCUGACAUCAGACAGUUCUGUAAGAAGAUCCGCCGACGCAUGCCUGGUACGGACGUACCUGGGAUACCUGCUGCACUCACCUUCUUACAGCAGGUGGCAGAUAUUCUGCUGGACUGCAGGAAACACCUGACCUGGGUGGUGGCUGUGCUGCAAGAGGUGGCGGCUGCAGGGGCGCAGAUGGUUGCCCAUCUAGGGGAGCAGGAGGGACUCUCCGCACUCAAACUAGAGGACGUGGCCUUUAAGGCUGGAGAGCAGAUCUAUGGAACUCAAGGUUCUAACCCCUAUGGGUGCCUGCGCCAGUCCUGCUGUAUCGUCAUAGCAACCAUGAACAAGAUGGCCACCGCCAUGCAAGAGGGAGAGUACGACGCAGAUAGACCCCAGAUCACGACACUUCCUCCGGUGGAGCUGCGUGCCACAGCCCUCAGAGCGGAGAUCACAGACGCAGAAGGACUGGGCAUGAAGCUGGAGGACAGAGACACAGUCAUCAAGGAGCUCAAGAAGUCACUCAAGUUCAAGGGAGAGGAGCUGAGUGAGGCUAGCGUUCGGCUCAGUCUGUUGGAGAAGAAACUCGACAGUUCAUCUAGAGACGCAGACGAGCGCGUAGAGAAGAUCCAAACUCAACUAGACGAGACUCAAACUCUGCUCAAGAAGAAAGAGAAGGAGUUUGAGGAGACCAUGGACGCGCUGCAGGCUGAUAUCGACCAAUUGGAGUCGGAGAAGGCGGAUCUGAAGCAGCGUCUGAACAGCCAAUCAAAGAUGACCAUGGACGGGCUGAGAGGAGCGCCAGCGUCGGGAAUCGCCUCCGUUGUCACGGGGAUGACAGGAGAAGAACAGAAAGCGACUAUGGCCAGUAUGGGUCCCGGUAUGGGUCCCGGUAUGGGUCCUGGGUCGGGGGUCCCGGUGAUAGACUCUCCUCUCCUGACGCAGCAGAUUGAGGCUCAGAGACACAGCAUCAAACACCUGAAGAAUGAGAACAACAGGCUCAAGGCUGAGAAGAUGCGUGCCCAGCUGUCCUCCCUACCACCUCUCCAUGUCUCCAAGCUCCCCACUAGAGACGGCUCUCACCCAGAGGUGCUCUCUAGCGCCCUCUAUCGUAAGACUGACCAAUUACUGGACACGUUACUGCAGAUGAGUGCCAACGUCAAAGUGGUGGACAUCACUGGCAAAUCCCCAGUAACUCCUAGUGCCCAGCUGCUGGAACACACAGCCAGACUCCAGUCCCUUAGCAACACUCUGGACAGACUGAAGGAUGAGGUAUCAGAACAUGUGGUGACCCAGAGACCUGGAGCUAGAGCCUUGUCUGACUUUGCCACGUUCCCCUGCUCCUCCUUCGUCAAGGUCCAGGAGGAGAAGAGGGGGGACAUGGUGCUGGUGGGGAAGGUGAUGAUGCCGUGUUCCCGUGGUCAGGAGCAGGUCCACCGUCUCGUCCUAUCACAGCCUCAGCUCCAAAGAGUGCACCGCCUCCUGCUGACAUAGGCUCCACCCACAACCCGCCCUGCUGACAUAGGCUCCACCUUCAACCUGCCAUGUUGCUCCUUCCCAUCUGUCUGUCUGAGGGUUUUGAGGCCAAAGCAUUGGGUUUGUGUUCGUACGCAGACGGUGCUUGACUUGGGCCGUGAGCUCACUGAACUGAGCGCCAGAACCUUAAGUUCCAUUCUGCCGUUAUUGCAAAGUUCUGGCACCUGGAUAUAAACGGUAGCAGCACCUAAAAUAACUACCAGCGUCAAGUCAAGCCCCGUUCAUACGAACAGUUAGAGUAUUAAUACGCUCACUUCCUCUAGAUCGCUCGCUCACUUCCUCUGUAGAUCAUACGCUCACUUCCUUUAGAUCAUACGCUCACUUCCUCUAGAUCGCUCGCUCAUUUCCUCUGUAGAUCAUACGCUCACUUCCUCUAGAUCAUACGCUCACUUCCUCUAGAUCGCUCGCUCAUUUCCUCUGUAGAUCAUACGCUCACUUCCUCUAGAUCGCUCGCUCACUUCCUCUGUAGAUCAUACGCUCACUUCCUCUAGAUCGCUCGCUCACUUCCUCUAGAUCGCUCGCUCAUUUCCUUUGUAGAUCAUACGCUCACUUCCUCUAGAUCGCUCGCUCGCUCACUUCCUCUGUAGAUCAUACGCUCACUUCCUCUCCAGAUCAUUUGGUAGAGCAGAGCGCCUGUAACGGCAGGAUAGUGGGUUUGAUUCCUAGGACCACCUGUACACAAAAAUAUAUUCACGCAUGACUGUCAGACACUUUGGAUACUGUCUGUCUGCCUGCUACCCAUCUUACUGUCUGUCUGCCGAGGGCGAUGCUGCCUGCUACCCAUCUUACUGUCUGUCUGCCGAGGGUGAUGCUGCCUGCUACCCAUCUUACUGUCUGUCUGCCGAGGGUGAUGCUGCCUGCUACCCAUCUUACUGUCUGUCUGCCGAGGGCGAUGCUGCCUGCUACCCAUCUUACUGUCUGUCUACCUGCUACCCAUCUUACUGUCUGUCUGCCGAGGGUGAUGCUGCCUGCUACCCAUCUUACUGUCUGUCUGCCGAGGGUGAUGCUGCCUGCUACCCAUCUUACUGUCUGUCUGCCGAGGGUGAUGCUGCCUGCUACCCAUCUUACUGUCUGUCUGCCGAGGGUGAUGCUACCUGCUACCCAUCUUACUGUCUGUCUGCCGAGGGUGAUGCUGCCUGCUACCCAUCUUACUGUCUGUCUGCCUGCUACCCAUCUUACUGUCUGUCUGCCGAGGGUGAUGCUGCCUGCUACCCAUCUUACUGUCUGUCUGCCUGCUACCCAUCUUAAUGUCUGUCUGCCGAGGGUGAUGCUGCCUGCUACCCAUCUUACUGUCUGUCUGCCGAGGGUGAUGCUGCCUGCUACCCAUCUUACUGUCUGUCUGCCGAGGGUGAUGCUGCCAUCUUACUGUUUCAUCAUUUAUUUAAGAUGGUCAAUGCACAUUAGGCCCUAUUUAGACUUGACAUAAGUUGACUUUAACAUGGACUGAAAUCAACAAUAUUUGUACUUAGAUCCGUGUUUCAUGUCCACGUUGAGUCUAUUUAUCUCAAGUCUGAAUCAGACCCACUAUCAUUUCCAGGUCCAACAUCAAUGUAAAAGUGGCCGAGUUACUACUUCCUGUCCGUUGUCCCGUAGUUCACGGCGGUGUUGUCGUACCUACAACUAUUCCUUACUCUUAACCAUCUACAGCAGCGGUGUCAAACUCCAUUUCCCAGAAGGCCGUAUUCGGUCUUCACUGAGAGCCGCAGCCCCCCCCCCACCUCACCCCCGCAGAAUAAAAAUAAAUAAACAACUCAAACAACCUUGAGUUUGACACAUGAUCUAAAGGGAGCUAAAACUAUAUCUGAGUUGUCAGAUUUCUGUGUAUUCAGUUGGUAUUAUAUUACUGCAGUUUAAUUUACAUUUCAACGGGAGUGAAAAUAUUAUUCAUUUGAAGGGAUUUUAUGAAACAUGGAUCAAAUGUUUUGAUUUCAUAAAAUCAGUGUCAUGUUUUACUUUUACGGGUCGUAGAUUAAUUUAUUGCAUAUUUAUUGCACAUAUUAAAUGCCAGUAAAUUGUGACAGUCAUCUGUUACCUGAUUGGUUGUAAUCUGUUUUAAGUAGCUAAUGUAGUCAUGUGUAUUACAGGUGAGUAGAAUGACUCCGGUUUAGCCUUCAUUAAACUACAUGUCUCAUCAGUUACUGUCUGCAAAAAUACAUAUUGGCCAUAGAGGCUUUGUUUUAUUCUCUGCUAUGAAGUGUCAUACUGGUAUCAUAAAGGCUAUCUCAUCUCUGCUAUGAAGUGUCAUACUGGUAUCAUAAAGGCUAUCUCAUCUCUGCUAUGAAGUGUCAUACUGGUAUCAUAAAGGCUAUCUCAUCUCUGCUAUGAAGUGUCAUACUGGUAUCAUAAAGGCUAUCUCAUCUCUGCUAUGAAGUGUCAUACUGGUAUCAUAAAGGCUAUCUGAUCUCUGCUAUGAAGGGUCAUACUGGUAUCAUAAAGGCUAUCUCAUCUCUGCUAUGAAGUGUCAUACUGGUAUCAUAAAGGCUAUCUCAUCUCUGCUAUGAAGUGUCAUACUGGUAUCAUAAAGGCUAUCUCAUCUCUGCUAUGAAGUGUCAUACUGGUAUCAUAAAGGCUAUCUCAUCUCUGCUAUGAAGUGUCAUACUGGUAUCAUAAAGGCUAUCUCAUCUCUGCUAUGAAGUGUCAUACUGGUAUCAUAAAGGCUAUCUCAUCUCUGCUAUGAAGUGUCAUACUGGUAUCAUAAAAGCUUUAUAGUUUUUUUUAAUAACCUCAAGUUAUAUUGGCAUUAUUUUCAUGGCAUUGUUGGCUUUCCUUACAUUAUCAUUGGAGAGAUAAUAUAUUAACAUGGUAUUCAUUAUUGUAUGCAUUAGUGAUUUAUAGAGAAUGCACCUGCAGCCUGUUGAUAGCAUAUAAUGUAGCUCUGUGCAGCCUGUUGAUAGCAUAUAAUGCACCUCUGUGCAGCCUGUUGAUAGCAUAUAAUGCACCUCUGUGCAGCCUGUUGCUAGCAUAUAAUGCACCUCUGUGCAGCCUGUUGAUAGCAUAUAAUGCACCUCUGUGCAGCCUGUUGAUAGCAUAUAAUGCACCUCUGUGCAGCCUGUUGAUAGCAUAUAAUGCACCUCUGUGCAGCCUGUUGCUAGCAUAUAAUGCACCUCUGUGCAGCCUGUUGCUAGCAUAUAAUGCACCUCUGUGCAGCCUGUUGCUAGCAUAUAAUGUACCUCUGUGCAGCCUGUUGAUAGCAUAUAAUGUGUAUCUGCACUCCCUGUAACAUCUUCAAGUGUACUAUAAUUAAAACAACAGCUGAAUCUGAUAGUAACAAUACACAAAUGUACCGUAAGGUGGCGUAGGCAUACCAUACUAUUAUGGUAUGCCUGUCGCUAGCCAAUCUACUACAACCCUGUCACUCGCCAAUCUACUACAACCCUGUCGCUGGCCAAACUACUACAACCCUGUCGCUGGCCAAUCUACUACAACCCUGUCGCUGGCCAAUCUACUACAACCCUGUCACUGGCCAAUCUACUACAACCCUGUCGCUGGCCAAUCUACUACAACCCUGUCGCUGGCCAAUCUACUACAACCCUGUCGCUGGCCAAUCUACUGGCCAAUCUACUACAACCCUGUCGCUGGCCAAUCUACUGGCCAAUCUACUACAACCCUGUCGCUGGCCAAUCUACUGGCCAAUCUACUACAACCAUGUCGCUGGCCAAUCUACUACAACCCUGUCGCUGGCCAAUCUACUGGCCAAUCUACUACAACCAUGUCGCUGGCCAAUCUACUACAACCCUGUCGCUGGCCAAUCUACUAUAACCCUGUCGCUGGCCAAUCUACUGGCCAAUCUACUACAACCCUGUCGCUGGCCAAUCUACUGGCCAAUCUACUGCAACCCCGUCGCUGGCCAAUCUACUACAACCCUGUCGCUGGCCAAUCUACUGGCCAAUCUACUACAACCCUGUCGCUGGCCAAUCUACUGGCCAAUCUACUACAACCCUGUCGCUGGCCAAUCUACUGGCCAAUCUACUACAACCCUGUCGCUGGCCAAUCUACUCCAACCCCGUCGCUGGCCAAUCUACUGGCCAAUCUACUACAACCCUGUCGCUGGCCAAUCUACUGGCCAAUCUACUACAACCCUGUCGCUGGCCAAUCCACUGGCCAAUCUACUGCAACCCCGUCGCUGGCCAAUUUACUGGCCAAUCUACUACAACCCCGUCGCUGGCCAAUCUACUGGCCAAUCUACUGCAACCCCGUCGCUGGCCAAUCUACUGGCCAAUCUACUGCAACACCGUCGCUGGCCAAUCUACUGGCCAAUCUACUGCAACACCGUCGCUGGCCAAUCUACUGGCCAAUCUACUGCUACACCGUCGCUGGCCAAUCUACUGGCCAAUCUACUGCAACCCUGUUGCUGGCCAAUCUACUACAACCCUGUUUCUGGCCUCUAUAAUUGUGCUCUAUGCCCCAAAAGGUAUUUCAAAUCAAUUCAAAUUUUAUUGGUUACAUACACACAUUUAGCAGAUGUUUUUGCAGGUGUAGCAAAAUGCUUGUAACCUUUAUUUGUGUGCGACUGAUUGAAUUUUCCAGAGCCCUGUGUCUCCACUGUAACUAGUACCGCUGUUUAGGGUUGCAAAUUUACAGUAACUUUCCUCAAAUUCCCAGGUUUUCCAGAAAUCCCGAUUGGGAGAUUCAUGUUAUCUGAUAAGCAGAAAAUCCAGGAAUCUUCAAACAGUGAUUUCUGGGAAACCUGGGAAUUUGGGGAAAGUCAUCAGAUUUACACCAAUGUAAUGUAGCAGCUCUAACCACUAUUACUGCACUGUAACCAUGUGAACAAUAAAUAAGCUGAAGGAGAAGGAA